AUGUCUUUCUCUCCCCACUCAGUACGCUGGGACCGUCCAAGCGCCUUUGAGUCUUCAGUUCCUCAAUCGCCUGGGGUCGACCCAGAUGAGCCACACGAUGACACAGACGACGGAGCGAUGGUGUUACCUCUACCUAGGUUGGGUACCACAUCGGCGAGAUUAGCCCGACUGGAACGCAUAGUAAUGGGACUCCCGCCACAAGAGGGAGGCGCUGAUGCGGUACUGCCACUACACAUGCAGUUACGGCAUGCACAGGAAAUAGCACGAGAGGCUCUCCUGCAGAAAGAUGAGUUGGCAGAGCGCGUCCGAGUCUUGCAGGCAUGGGCAACACUAGCAGAGGAUGCCAAAUGCCCGGUUUGCAAGGGAUUGAUGUGGUCCGCCAUCAUGUCUUUGGAACACCAUGACGUCCUGUCGCUGAAGUGCCCCAUAUGUGAGAUAGCAGUGCACCAUCAGCCCAAGCCUAUUCGCGUCCUGGCCUCUAUGUGUAUGACACUGAUUAGUCAUGAGGCAGGCUCCGUGGCCUACGGAUCCUUCAUGAUCCAUGAUGAUGCUUUGAACAGUUUCUUUGGUGAUGCCGACAAUUCUCACAUGUUCCUUCUUUUCCAGUCUACAAACCCGUAUUUACAGCGAAAUCCUGGUACCUAUGUACAAAUCGAGCCUCCCUUUUGUUUCUAUUCACCCCUGGUACCAUGA